AUGACCAGAGCUAGAAAGAGGUUAAGGACUGCGGAGCCCGCAAACGUGGCGGCGGUCUCAAAGUAUCAAUUUGACUGCACGGGAUUCGACUGCAUAAACGACGUUAAAUACGAGACUGAUGUCGCUAUCUUGGACAAGGUCGGCAUUCCCAGGCCUCCACAGGCCGUAAAGUUGGAUGUCGGAAGGAAUAUGGACACUGCAUCCUUGACAACUGCGGUGCUAUCCCAGUACGCUGAACUCUUGCGGAGCUCAAUAGAGAAUUGCAAGGAUGAAAAGUUCCUCAAACGCAAGUCAAUGUUUACGAAACUCGUAAACUCAAUGAACGCCAGGGUAAAGUGUUUAUUCCGCUGGAAGUACUUUGACAAGAAGAUACUGAGGAACGUUGAAGUUGUUCCCUAUGGAGUCGCUAGCGAACUCAAAAGGGUAGGUCCUUCAUUCUCCAUACGUCGUGGGAUAACAACUGUCUAG